AUGCAAUGGCGUUACGCACCGACGAACUUCCAGUCCUAAUAAUCUUUCAACCUUUGACACAAUAUCCCUCGUAAGUUCAGGUAUUGGUAUAGGAUUUUCUUAAAAGUCGGGCUCUUGUGGUCUACCAUAUAAGGCGGCCCUCGGUUGAAUAGCCGCUAAAAACACAGGUAGGCGGAUGUCAUGAUAUCCAAUAAAUAUAGAUUAGCUACAGGCUCACUUCCAUUUAUUCGAGUCCACCGGUAGAGAGUGUGUUUUCUUUAGAAUACAAAUAACUUCGUACUUUCUCCUGACUCUCCUCCCACACAAAACAUCUUUAGGUACCUCUUAUACCAUCCAUCUAUAUCGAGUUAUCACCAUAUUGAGCACCAUGCUAGCUUGUUAGUAUAGAGGCUCAUCUCAACCGAAAGUCCUCUUUUACAAAAUCAUACCCUUGAACCUGUGAUACCUAUCCGAUGAUUUCCACUUUCUACGAAACAGUACCUACUUGAAAAAAAAAAUCGCAUUAUGGCUAGUGGUUCAAAUCAAUCCGAAAUCAACCAGACCCACGAAACGGACGGUCCUACCAUAAACUCCCAAGAGUCCCGACAGGAAUUGGUACCUAUCACUAGUGUUGCUGCUAGCCCUUCCGAGCCGGACUUACAUCAGGUUCAUCGUCCUUCAUCGGAUACCAACGACGGGUUGACACCGCCGACCUAUAAACGAGUUGUGGUCUACCUCACUGACACAAUUGCAUUCGUCUUGUCACAUCUAUGCUCAAUGUCCGACGGCAGAACGAUAGUUCGCUUCGCCGUUGUUAUCUUCAGUUUCCUCAUGGGAAUAUGGACGACGCUUUCGGUCAGCAUAAUGCCCAGACGACCAGAGGACGCUCUGCCCUCCUUGAACGACGAUAGCCACCCGAUUAUGGUUGCCCAAGUAGCCGCGUCGAUGCUGUCUCCGCUGCUGUUCACCGUCGUGUCGACUAAGAAAGACCCAACACCUGUCCGGCGGAAGAUCACGUCGUUCUAUUAUCUCCUACUUGCUCUCGGGGUCCUGAUGUCCCUUGCGUCCCUCCUGUUUUACUCGCUCUGGCCUUCGGGGUACCGGGUCACGAACGUUACUAUACUGGCGAGCAUGAUGUUCGGAGUUCUCGGGGGCUGGCAGUUCUUGGAGAGAUCUUGGAAGACUACAUCGUCAAUAAAUGAGGACGUUGAACUAGACCUACGACAAGCUUGAUACAAGUAGUUUUAUAUACUAUCAUAUUACUCAGCUUUAUGGGAUUGGUUCUGCUCUCUAACUUCCAACAGAGGUAACCGUAUACUUGGGUAAUAGUUGGGAAGGGCGUUAAACGGAUUGGAAUUUCACGGACUAAGCCAACAUAUCUGCCAAUCUAGGUAGGUGUCAGCCGUAGCAAACCGAAAAUUAAGUAGCCUACCUGGUAAUUCUAAAUAGCUAAUUCCAUUCGUAC